AUGAUGGGUUUUGGUGUGAAGAAAAACGUAGGAACUCUCGGAAAACGUGGGGCAAGAACAGACGAGGGGUGUGCGAUGGGUGGUCAAACAAGAGCAGGGAUUGGCCAGUCAGACAUUCACAUGAAACUCCACCCGCUGUACAUUCAAGGCUUAGACGUGGUUAACGCGAGACUUCCAUACAAUGUCUUCGAAACAAGGGAGAGAAUAGGGAAUUUCGACCCUCCUAUUGAUCCAAACCACGCCAAAGAGGCGGGCAAUAACGAACCAGAUGCUGUUGGAGCCGGGAAUGCCAUCAAACCAGCCUGA